GGCGGCGGUUCCGCCCGCCCGGCCAACAUGGCCCUGACGGCCGAGACCGAGUCCCGCCUGUACCGCUCGCUGCGCGUGGCCGCCGGUGCCGCCGCGCACCUCGUGGCGCUGGGAUUCCCCGCCGCCGUGGCCGUGCUGGCACGGCCCGGAUCCAGUCUCUUCUCCUGGCACCCGCUGCUCAUGGCCCUCGCGUUCUCGUUCCUGAUGACGGAAGCGCUGCUGAUCUUCUCCCCGGAGACCUCGUUGCUGCGCUCCUUCUCCCGCAAAGUGCGAGUGCGGGCGCACUGGGCCCUGCAGCUGCUCGCCCUGCUCUGCGCUCUCCUGGGGCUGGGAAUCAUUACCUACAACAAGUACCUGAACGGCAAGGGCCACUUUGUCACCUGGCACGGGCUGACGGGGCUGCUGGCCGUGCUGUACGCCGGCGGGCAGUGCGCCGGGGGCGUGCUCCUGCUCUACCCCAAGCUGAUGAAGAACUGGACGCUGGCCAAGCUGAAGCUGUACCACGCAACCUCAGGGCUGGUGGGCUACCUGCUGGGCUGUGCCAGCCUCAUGUUGGGCAUGUGCUCCCUCUGGUUCACCACCACAGUGACCGGUGCCUCGUGGUACCUCGCCAUGCUGUGUCCCCUCAUCACCAGCCUGGUUAUCAUGAACCAGGUGAGCAAUGCGUACCUGUACCGCAAACGGAGCCAGCACUGAGGGCUUGGGGCUGACCUGAACUUCCCAGAGCGAGCUGGGUCUCCCCUUGGAGAGAGCUGGCAGCCCCCCUGCUCGCACAGGGUCGCCUUGGAACUUGGUUUCUACCUACUCGUCUUUCCUUAGUCCUGGAUUGUCUGUAGUGUCUUGUCCCUUGGGAGCAGCUGUGAUGUGUGUGAUACCUCACCCCUGCCUCGAGGGGAUGUUCCCCAGCACAGGUAAAGCUGCCAAUCCCGGCAGCUUGGUGCUCAGUGCUGGGAAAUGGAGGGCUCACUCAGGAUUCCUGCUCCUUUUCCCUUCCCACGCAGGGCUGCUUUGGAGUGGGCAGGACAGGAGGAGGGCAGGGAGUCCCCUCUCUCCCGGGAGACUGCAUCAGGCACCAUGCUGCCUCCUGCCACAGGGGCAGCUUGGCCAGGAAAGCACAGGGCACGGUUGUGGCUUCAGCCGUGGCAGGGCUGAGGCAGGGUGGUGGCACCCGAGCAUCGGUACAGCAGCAUGUGUGUCCCCAUGGCACUCCCUGGGAUCAGAGCGGGCAGCUCCGCCCCAAGGGCUUGGGUCUGGGCACCCAUUGCCACGCACAAACCCCUCCAAAC